CAGUUGCUCAUCAAAUAUUUCUCAAGACGGGGUGACCUAGAAAUUUCCCGAAAAACUGCGGAAGGGAUCGAACUAUCAUGGAAAACUCGAAACAACCUAUAAAGGGGGACUAAACCGACGAUUCGGUGCUUUUUUCUCCUCCUCCUUCAUCUUUCUCCUCCUCCGCUUUCCUCCUUGAACGCAGGAAGGGAAUGGAACCCCAUGAUUAUGUAGCAGCCGCUGCCUUUGCCCAGCAGCAGCAACAGCAGCAAGCAGCAGGCGUCACACCUCCGCAGUUCGGUGGCUACCACCAGCAGCAGUUUCCGCAACACCCGUCUUCCUUCAUCCCUCCCCACCACCUCGCGCAGCAGCAGCAGCAGCACCCAUUUCACCCUCUCCACCACCAGCAGCAGCAGCAGCAGCAGCUCCACCCGUCCCUCCAAUUCCCCUUCCACCGCCCUCUUCAAGCCCAACACCCGCACCUCCUCCCUCCCCACCAGCCUUUCCCUCCCCAUCUGCCGCCUCCCCAUCCUUUGGCCCACCAUGCCAGCAUCCCCCAUCCUCUGUUCAACCCCUUUGAGCCUCCCCCACCUCCCUGCGCCCCGCCGGCCGACCCCGAGCUCCACAAGCGGAUCGACAAACUCAUUGAAUACACGGCAAAGAACGGGCCAGAGUUCGAAGCCAUGAUUCGUGAGAAACAGAAAGACAACCCGGAUUAUGCGUUCCUCUUCGGCGGGGAGGGCGCUGGGUAUUACCAUCACAGGCUAUGGCUCUGCACCCACGUCCCUAAUAAUCCUUCUUCGUCGUUCCCGCAGAUGCCUCCGUUGAAUCCUUCCUUGAAUCCCGCAAACUUCAAUGGACCUUCCAUGAUGGGAGGCUCACCGAUGCUUCAUUCUCCCUUCGUAGGUGGUGGGUUUUAUGAUCAGCCGCCGCCGCAGCAGCAAGCCUAUAUGGUCGGUGGGCAUGGCCGACCCGAGUUUGAACCGAAGACUUUCAAGGGUCUGGCUGGGCCCCUUCCUUCUGAUGUAGCUGCUGAGUUGAGCAAUGUUCUCAACAGUCUAUCUGGGACGAAAGAAUCGAUUAAGGGGGCCAAGAUAUGGUUCAUGCAGAGGUCUCCCUUCGCCCCUGCUCUGGCGGAGGCGCUUAGGGACAGGGUUCUCGCCCUUGACGAUUCUGAGAGGCAGUUGCAUAUCAUAUAUCUUGCUAAUGACAUCCUUUUUGAUAGUCUACAGCGUCGUCUUCUUCCUCAUGAACUUGAUAAUGAGGCCCUUGCAUUUAGGCCUGUUCUUGGAUCUAUGCUUGCAAGGAUUUACCACAAUCCUCAUAACAGAGAAGCGAACCAGUCUAGGCUACAGAAAAUAUUGCAGUUCUGGGCCUCUAAGGAAGUCUAUGACUCUGACACAAUUUAUGCCUAUGAGGGUGAAAUGCUUGGUGGAACACCGACCUCUACUCAUGCUGGCCCCUUGAAGGAGCAAGUCUCUGCCCCAAAUGACUCACCAAAUCUAUCAGGAUUAUCACAAGGUCAUUGGCAAGCUGAACAGCAGAGAAGCUCAGUCCCACCAAUGGAUCAGAAAGACCAAACUGGCCCUGCAGCUGCUUCAGUUACUUCAAGUUCUCAGUUUGUUCCACCAAUAGCAACACAGUUCUCUGCAAAUGCGUUGCCUUCUGCCUAUCCCUCUGUUGCUGGCGCUGCCACCCAAUUUGGAGGGUCGCUACCUUUAGCUGGUCCUGUCCAGCCUCCCAAUCAGACGGCCCAUCUCCAAAAAUUGACAGGCAAAGUCGGGGAUCAGCCCCUACCACCAUACCCAUUGUUUCCCCCAGGCCUUAUUCCUGGAAUGGUUCGUAAAAUGCAAAUUGGCAGUGGUGUUCCCUACUCACCCAUGAGCCCUUUGGAUAUCCCCACUAUGAUCCCACCUUCUACAGUCUCUCAGUCAUAUAUUCUAGAAAGAGUGUCUAAAUUCUUCAAGGAAAUUGGAGAGGUAAAUCCUUCUGAGGGCCCUUUGAAGGGAUCAAGACAAAGCAACGCAGAUAGUGAUGAUGAAUAUGAGAGAGAAGCCCCGGUCCGGAAAGGUGGUGCUUGUAUACCUCCACCACCAAAUCUUCAGGUGGUUGAUCCAGAGACGGGGACUCUUCCUGAUGGAUCUGUGGAGCGGAAGCCAGGUUCCUUGAGCUCAGGGAGGCUGGGCCUGGGAGCUACAGCCAAUCCAAAUGAGGUUACCCAAUAUGACGAUGUAUACACCUCUUAUAGGAAACAGAGGAGCACCAACUAUCACUCCUCCAUGAGUGCACGAGCUGCAGCAAGGUAACAUUAGUUUCUGUAGGCAUUAUGAACAGGGCAUCAGGGAAUGUAGUGGAGUUGUGAUGACUAGUUCAGUUGCCCAAAAUUUAAUUUGGCGAAUAUUCGAUUUUGUUCAUCAUCUAAAUGGACAGUUUUGAUGUGCACUUGUGGUGUCGAAUAGAUGUAACUCUAGUAAACGUGGUUGUUUCUUUCAAAUAUUAUUUGAUCAAGAGAAAUAGAAUUGAUGUGUUCAACCGUUUCGGUUUUUCUUCU